AGGGUGAUUCCGCUGGCCGGGGGUGGCCGCUGCCGGGAGCUCAGGGACCCUGCGCUUUCGCAGGUGGCCGAAGCUGUUCUCGGCUGCCUGGCUAACCCGGCACGGCCCCGCCUUCCGCAUCCUUCUCAGGGGUUCGGCAGCGGGAACGGUCGGCCGUGCGGCCUGGGAGACCGCCGGGUCCCUGCCCGCAGGUGGUGCACGAAAGUCUUCGGCAGGUAGGUGGCGGCGCGGAUCCUGCCUGCCGAAGUGGAGUUCAGACCGAGCGGCUUUUCUCCCGCGAGGGCCGCACCUCCCAGUCCAGGAGUCCAGCACUGCACGCCCGCACGGGCCUUGGGCCCGGAGCGGCCUCGCCCAGAGUCUGUUGACCCGCGUUUUGCAUUCGUCGCUUCGUGAGCGCGGGAAGCACGUGAACCCUUUUCAAGGCGAGGGCAAGGAUGGAGGCGAUGGGUUUCACUUCAUUGAUUCAUUUUACAAAUUCAUUCAGCAGAACUUUGGUGAAUACCUACUCUGUGCCAAGUAUCCUCAUGGGCAGCAGAACACAGCAGUGAACAGAGAAGACCAAACGCCUGCUGGCUUGAGUGUGCUGUGGCCAGUGAUGUCUUCCAGCUGCAGUGUGUUUGGAGCUGGGAUUUGUUUUGUCAUAACAUGCAUUUUUUGCAAGUCAACAGCAAACUCUCUACCAGAACUAAGUCCUCAGAAAUAUUUCAGUACAUUGAAACCGGGAAAAGCCUCUUUAGCUUAUUUUUGUCAAGCUGGUUCUCCAAGUACAUCUGUAUUUCUUGAAGAACUGAAAGAGGCUGUUAAACCUCUCCAGGACUAUGGAAUUUCAGUUGCAAAGGUUAAUUGUGUCAAAGAAGAAACUUCAAGUUACUGUGGAAAAGAAAAGGAUUUGAUGAAAGCGUAUUUAUUCAGAGGCAACAUAUUGCUCAGAGAGUUUCCCACUGACACCUUGUUUGAUGUGAAUGCCAUCGUCGCUCAUGUUCUCUUUUCUCUUCUGUUUAAUGAAGUGAAAUAUGUUACUACCCCAGAAGACCUGCAGAAUGUAGAAAAUGCUCUGAAAGGAAAAGAAAAUAUUAUAUUCUCAUAUGUAAGAGCCAUCGGAAUACCAGAGCACAGAGCAGUCAUGGAAGCUGCUUUUGUGUAUGGGACCAUGUACCGAUUUGUCUUAACCACAGAAAUUGCUGUUUUGGAAAGCAUCGGCUCUGAGGAUAUAGAAUAUGCACAUGUCUACUUUUUCCAUUGUAAACUAGUCUCGGACUUGACCCAGCAAUGUAGAAGAACCCUAAUGGAACAACCGCUGACCACCCUGAACAUUCACCUGUUCAUUAAGACAAUGGAAGCACCUCUGUUGACUGAAGUUACUGAAGAUCCUCAGCGAGUUUCAACGGUUCAUCUCCAGCUGGGGUUACCGCUGGUUUUUAUUGUUGGACAGCAAGCUACCUAUGAAGCAGACAGAACAACUGCAGAAGUGGUUGCGCGGCGUCUUCUGGGAAAAGCAGGAGUUCUCCUCUUGUUAAGGGAUUCUUUGGAAGUGAACAUUCCUCAGCAUGCUAAUGUGGUCUUCAAAAGAGCAGACAAGGGAGUGCCUUUGGAAUUUUUGGUGGUACAUGAUGUUGAGUUAAUAGUAUCCCAUGUGGAAAAUACUACACAUGUUGAAGAAAUACAAGAAGAUGAAAACGAUGAUGCAGAGGAGCCAGACGUAGAUAUUCAAGAUGAUGAGGUGGCAGAAACUGUUUACAGAGAUAGGAAGAGAAAAUUACCUUUGCAGCUGACAGUGGAACUGACGGAAGAGACCUUUAACGCGACAGUGCUGGCUGCUGACAGCAUGGUGCUCUUCUACGCCAGCUGGCAAGCAGUCUCCAUGGCAUUUCUGCAGUCCUAUGUCGACGUGGCAGCUAAACUGGAAGGCACACCCACUGUGCUGCUUGCAAGAAUAAACUGUGCAGAUUGGUCUGAUGUAUGUACUAAGCAGAAUGUUACUGAAUUUCCUGUUGUGAAGCUGUACAAGGAAGGCAGGAACCCAGUGUCUUACGCUGGCAUGUUAGGAACGGAAGCGCUCCUGAAAUUUAUCCAGCUCAACAGGAUUUCCUGUCCAGUGGCCAUAACGUCAGUCCAAGAAGCAGAAGAAUAUUUAAGUGGAGAGUUACACGGAGACCUUACCUCCUCUGCCAGCGUGGCAGUGCUGGGCCUGUUCAGUCCAGUCAUGACAACAGCAAAAGAAUAUUUCAGUGAAGCUGGAAAGUACCUGCAAGGAUAUGUUAUCACUGGAAUUUAUUCUAAAGAAGAUGUUUUGAUACUGUCAAAUAAAUAUGCUGCAACUCUUCCAGCCCUGCUGAUUGCCAGACACAAAGAAGGCAGGAUAGAAAGCAUCUCACUAGCUGGUAGCCGCACACAGGACCUGGUUCAGAUAGUGACAGACGCGCUGCUGGAGAUGUUUCCAGAAAUCACUGUGGACAAUCUUCCCACUUACUUAAGACUUAAGAAACCAUUACUGAUUUUGUUCAGUGAUGGGAGUAUAAGUCCUCAGCAUGAAAAAACAAUAUUGACACUGGCAAAGCAGAAACACUUGAAUACACUUACUCCUUGUUGGUUAAAUCUAAAGAAUACUCCUGUGGGGAGAGGAAUCUUACAGGCAUACUUUGACCCUGUGCCUCCCCUUCCUGUUCUCGUUUUGGUGAAUCUGCAUGCAGGUGGCCAAGUGUUUGCAUUUCCUUCAGGCCAGACUAUAACUGAGCAAAACCUUACAUUGUGGCUUAAGAAAUUAGAAGCAGGACUAGAAAACCACAUCACAAUUUUACCUGCUCAAGAAUGGAGACCUCCUCUUCCUGCUUAUGAUUUUCUAAACAUGAUGGAUGCUGCCUCUCCACAUCCCACCAGGAAAGUUCCCGAGUGUACAAAAGAAACAGAUGUGCAGCAGAAUGAUAAGGAACAACAUGAAGAUGACUCAGCAGCUAGGAAAGAACCCGCUGAGAUGUUGAGAAUAAAGCAUUGGAAUCGAAACAAUUGGUUUAAAGUAGCUGAAAAAUCAUUGAGGCAGGAUCAAGAGUUGUGACACCACAACUGGCUGGCUGCACAGGGCUGUGCUUUUCUUUCCAAGGUCUUUUUGACUUGAUGGACUUAGGAAUUUAUUUCAUUAAAGAAUAAUAAAUCAUUUCAAGUUUCUAGACCGAUGCUAUCCAACAGAAUUAUAAGGCAAGUGACAUAGUCAUUUCAAAUUCUCUAGUCGCUACAUGAAACAAAGUAAAAAUGGGCAGGUGAAGUUAAUUUUAAUGUUAUAUGUCCCCCAGUAAGUAUGCCCCAAAUAGCCCAAUUGAUAUAAAAAUCGCUGAGAUCUUUUGCAUUCUUUUUUCAUACCAACUCUUCAAAAUGCAGCACCCUUCACACGGGCUGCCCUCCUCAAGUUGGACGGCCAGGUCUCAGGUGCUUAGCAUCAUGUGUGACCUGUGAUUACUAUACCGGACAGCUCAGUACUAGACAGAAACUUCUGUAACUUGUUUAGUUCUAACCAUGAUAUGAUUUUGAUUAAAAUAAAAAUGUACCUCUAGUUUAAUCACAGUGGACUCCUCAGUGGAGUUAUACAGCUGGCAGUUACAUUUGUUUAUUGUAGCCAUGAUGUUAAAGCCAGUGCUUCUCAAAUGGGGCGAUUGCCCCCCGACCCCAGGGAUACUGGCAAUGUCAGGAGACGUUUUUGAUAUCGUGACUAACAGGACCACUAGCAUCUGAGAGGUAGAGGCCAGGGACGCUGCUACAUACCACACCCUGG